AUGGGUAGAUUUCUUACAAAUUAUUAUAAUAAAGUUUUUAAUUCACCUAAAAAUUUCGACGAUAUAUCUUCAAAAAAAACAAGAAACUUUUUAAUGUUGUUAUGUUUUUUGGGUAUAAUUCUUUGGAUUAUUAUUAUUAUUGUAGUAGUAAAAGAUUCAUUAAAUAGAUUAACUUUUAUGACCAAUGAAAUUGAAAAUCAAAUUAUUAUUCCAAAUUUAAUUUUUACAUUUUAUAAAAAUGUUUCACAAUAUGCAAUUAAUUCUCCUUCAGGUGAAGUUAUUCCAAGUAAUAUAGAAUUUUCAAAUGGUUAUUUUUGCCAAAUUCCAGAAAAUUCCAUAAUUGAAAAUUGUACUAAUACGGAUUUGUUAGCUAUUGAUAAACAAUUUGAUCCCAUUAGAAAUGAAAUUUAUGUAAAGAAUUUUAAUCUAACAUUUGAAAAAGAAUAUUUUAAUAUUAAUAUUGGACAAGAUUUAAAGAAAUACAAUGAAUCAUCGCCUUAUGAUACUUCUUUUACAACAUUUGGAAUGAAUAUUAAUAGUUACAAUUUCUUUUUGAAUGGUCCAAUCGAUUUACAAGUAAUGAUAAAGAAAACAAAAAGAAUUGAUAGACAUCAAGAAGAGACAAUGAAUUUUAUUCCAAGUGUAUUGGGUGCUGGAGAAAAAAGUAGCACAUGUCCUGAUUUCGGUGAUAGAAGUAGAGGUUAUCUUAAUUGUUCAACUGUAUCGGUAUCAAUUGUUUAUGAGUCUAAUAUUGUCCCAACUUAUAGAGAAGAAACAAAUAUACAAUUAUUUAAAAGAAUAUUAAAAGAUAUAUUUUCAAUUGGUAAAUUGAUAUUGACCUUGAUGGGAUUAAUAAUUAUUUAUUAUCAAACAAAGUUUUUAUUUAAAGAUCAAACAGCUUGGUUUGAUAAUGAUGUAAGAGAUGCAGUUUUAUUUCAUUUCAAUUACCAUGAAUUGGAUCCAGCCGAUGAUGAGGAAAAACCACCAGGUUUCUUUGCAAGACAAUUAUCUAAAAUAAAAUCUUUUUUUUCUAAAAUAAUAUCUGCAAUCAAAUAUGUAGCCUGUUGUUGCUAUCGUUGCCGUAGUAAACCAGUUCCAAAACCACCAAAAACCUUAACAAGACAAGAAAAGAUUGCAAAGGAAACCAAAGGAUCAGGUUGUCCAAUAUUAAGAUUGUUUCAAGGUAUUCCAAAUCAAGAUAAGUAUAGUGGUUCAAUUAGUUUAAUUAAUUCGAUAAAAUGGCUUUUGUUGGCUAUUGUUGUAAUUAUAUAUGGUGUUUUCAUUGCUAUUCAAGAUUCUAAUAAUAGAUUAAUUAUUUUAAAGUUGGAUAAUCUUGAUAAAUUAGAAAUUCCUGCAAUUCAAUUUAACUAUACUGGAGACAAUUUCUGGUUAAAAAAUUAUCAUGAAUAUUUACCAUUUGGUCAAAGAAAGUUUUGUGGUAUUAAUAACACUGAACCAAUUUAUAAUAUCAAAAAAUGUACAUCCACCAAUGGAUUCCCAAAUCAAACUCUAACUCUUAACGGUGAUCAUUUAACAAACUUGGAAAUUAAAAAUGAUACAAUACAAUUAAAAGAAAAUCAAUACUAUGGAUUCAUUAUUGAAUCAUCUGUUGCACUUUGGGAUUUUUUCCCAUCAUUUGAACAUGUUCAUAUUACAAUGAACAUAAAUGGUAUAGAGUAUUACUUAAGACCAUUUUCAAAUAAUACAAUUCAUUUAGAGAAAAAUGUCUAUCAUUAUAGUAAUGGUACUUCAAUCACCUCUUAUAAUCCUAGAAUUUUUCAAGCACAAGAUGAAAUUAAUUAUCUUGGUAAAAAUGCAAAUUAUACUUAUUAUUAUGGUAACACCACUGUAAACUUUUUCUAUUCCUCAUCAAGUAUUAAACAUACAUUUAUUGAAGGUAAAACUGAUUUAAGAUUCAGAAUUGUUUCUGAUAUUCUUGCAUUUUUGACCCCUGUCAAAAUUUUCUUUACUAAUUUCUUUACAUACUUGGUCAUUCGUUUCGCUAAUAAAUAUUCAACCGCCCAUGUUGAUUCAUCAAUAAGAGAAGCAAUUCUUUACCAUAUGAGAUAUUAUGAAAAAUAUUCAAAAAAAUUUAAAAAAACUGGAAAAAGUGUUUAA